UUCAUGCGUCGAACUGGAUAUAUGUCUAGGCAUUCUUGCCCUCUAGUUAAAUUGGUGGCUCAAUGGAGGCGCGGCGCUCGUAUCGCUAACGGCGCUGGACAGCGAAAAUGGCGUUCAGCUUCGUUGCGCUGUGCUACAUCGUAGCUCUAAUUCUCACGGCAUUCCUCAUAUUUAUGGCCGUAUUUCACGUCAUUGCUUUCGACGAACUGAAGAACAACUACAAGAAUCCCAUCGAGCAGUGCGACAGCCUCAACCCACUGGUGCUUCCCGAGUACCUGGUGCACAUUCUCUACAAUGUGCUCUUCCUCUUUGCGGGCGAGCUCUUCACUGUGCUGCUUAACCUGCCACUCAUCGGGUACCACAUCAACAGGUACCGGCAGCGUCCCGUGAUGAGCGUGCCUGGCCUGUACGACCCUACGAGCAUAAUGAACGCUGACCAGCUGAGCCGGGCGAUGCGUGAGGGAUGGGUCAAGCUGGCCUUCUACCUGCUCUCCUUCUUCUACUACCUCUACGGCAUGAUCCACUCCCUGAUUACGGUGGAGUGAGUGUGGGCCACACCCGGGAAGGAAAAGCGGCAACCCAGGCGAAGAAGGAUCCUUCCAAUCGGCUGUCGCCCCGUGAAGCAAGGCUGCGACUUCCUGAAGUGCUUGCUAAGCCAAGUGCGAUGUGCGCCGUGAACUGUACCGGAACUGUUUCUGCGGACUGGAGGUUGUGUCCUUCCCCGCCUCGGAGAGUGUGCCGUAUUUAUGUGCCGAUGUACAGCUGUGUGUGUGUGUGUGUGUGUACGUGUGACCUGCUAGUGCAAUGUUUCAAGAGUACAUGGGGCCUUUGCCUGGGCUCUUUUGCUUAGGGUUAAAUAAAAACAUUGUAGCUUAACUUUUGUCUGUCGUCUGCUACUUAUCGCUUGACCGAAGUCUCCCCUGCAGGUGCAAAUGGAUAUUUUACCUGUUCAUCCAUUUUUGUGUGUGUGCUUUUUUCACAGCUGCGCUAGCAUCAAAGGCAUACUCGCAUGUGCACUGACUGACACUUGCUCUGCACUCCUUUCGUGGGUGGAGCAUUAUUUGAGUGGUUUAAGUGGGCACAACUGGCUGCGAGUGCUGGUUAAAGUGACUGUGAUUCAGAGUGGACGGGAGCACAAGUGACCACGGGUAAGUUUGAAUGGAAGUGACUAUAAACGCUAGUGAGUGUUUGCGAGUAUGAAUGGGUGCAAGUGCAUAGCCUGUGAAAAGAUUCGCGAGUAAUGAUGAAUGAGUAUAUGCUUAUUAUGCCAACCUAUGACUAGCAGGGUGUCUUAUCUGAACCGUACCUAACCUGAACUAGAAAAAAAAAGAAUGUUACUGGUUUGCAUGUGGCGUUUAAGGUGGCAUUGGGGUCAAGAAAUGUGCCUAUUUGAUGCUGUUAUUUCAUCAUCAUCAUCAGCCUGGUUACGCCCACUGCAGGGCAAAGGCCUCUCCCAUACUCCCAUGCUGUUAUUUAACGUCCAUCAAUUCACUGCACUUUUGGCAAGGGUAAUAUGUGGAAGUGUGAUGCAAUAAAGAGCAAGAAGAGAUCACCAAGAACAUGUACAGUAGCAAUCAGGAUGAUAGAGAUAAGAAAAAUGGUUAAACUGUUUUGUGUUCAGGACAUGGGCAUGAUUUCCAAGAAAACCCGAAGUUUAUAUAGAUGUGUGUUUAGUAUUAUGUAGUGUUGGUAAGUGAUCAAGUGUUUGAAGAUUUUAAGUACUCCAUUUGAACCGUUUGAUUAUUAUUAACUUAACCUAAACUCAUUGUUGUAUAUUAAGCCAAAGCACUUGCAUAAAUGAGCGUAAUGAUCAUUACCUCUUACAAAACUCGCUAUUAGCCGUUCAUCAAUGGUGCCUUAAAUGGAAUAUGCAACUUAACCUAGAUAAAGCUGUCCUCUUGCGAAUUUCACGCAAAAAGCAGGUUUCUCCUUUCUCUUACAGCCUUCUAAGUCAUUCUAUUAUGGAGGUCACACAUCAUAAAUACUUAGGGGUUACAAUAACAAACGAUUUAACCUGGUCUGCGCAUAUUGCAAACAUUUGUUCCUCGUCAUUUUCCAAGCUGUGCUUUCCGAGGCGGAAGCUUAGAGGCGCUCCAAAACGUCUUUCAUACAUAACAUUUAUUAGAUCAAAAUUGGAGUGCGCGUUGGUCUUAUGGGACCCGUUCAUAAAGAAGGACAUUUACCAGCUUGAGAUGGUGCAAAGGAAAGCAAUUAGGUUUAUUUAUAACAAAUACAGAAGGCUUGAUUCACCUACGACACUAAUGAGAACAAAUAACAUCCAACUACUUUAAGUACGUAGGAAAAUGUCCCGUUUGUUGUUCCUGCAUAACCUUUUAGCACAUAAACUAAACAUUUCGCAUCCCCCAGUACUUAAACAGCUAUCGUCUAGACGAACACACCACACAGGAAGUCAUUUACUGGAACCAAUUUUUGCAAGAACUGAAACAUUCAAACACAGUUUUUUCCUGAGGACCGUUUCCGACUGGAACUGUCUUCCCGGAGCCAUUUUCCAGUGCCCUAAUUUUGUUAAAGCUAUAGAAGAGCAUUUGUUUGAGUGAAUGAGUGCUGUAUAUGUGCGUAUACGUGUAUAUAUGUAUAAAUAUGUAUAUGUGUAUACAUAUUUUUCUGCUUGUUUAUUAGGGACAAUCUCUUAAACUGCCGUUCUUUGUUUUCUUUUUUCUUUUUAUGUCACAGUGUAUUUCCAUGCCUUGCAUAGCCCCUCCUGCAUGGGCCAUAACUGUUGGCCUGCAGUAUUCUGAAAUAAAUAACUCAAAUAAAACAACUCUUCACAAAAUA